AAAGAAAGAAGGUGGGGACAAGACAACCAAUUUUUAGCAUUCGAGAGUUACGCUGCAUUAACUCGAAAUACUCAUUUGCAGCACACAUUCAGCAGUCCGCAUUUGCACAACCAAAAAAUACUCUACAAUGUCAUUUGUCGCCAAAGUGUUUCUCCGGCUACCAGCUGUGAUACGUAUCGCUACACAUCAAACAUUCAGGAAAACAGUAAGCGCGUUUCCUCGAUGCAUGGUUGGGACCUUUAGACAGAACAGAGGAAUAAACACAUGUUUGAGUUCACUGAGGGCAGAGGAGAAGGUGACCGUUCACAUUAUAAAUCGAGAUGGAAAAAGGCUUUCAGUGAAAGCUUCAACUGGAGACUCAUUACUUGAUGUCGUUGUCAACCAUGAUCUAGAUAUUGAUGGAUUUGGUGCAUGUGAGGGAACUUUGGCCUGCUCUACAUGCCACCUUAUUUUUGACGAGGCAGUUUAUAAGAAGCUUGGAUCAGUUUCUGAUGAAGAAAUGGACAUGCUGGACUUGGCUUAUGGGCUUACAGACACAUCUCGUCUGGGUUGCCAGGUGUGUUUGAGGAAAGAUCUGGAUGGAAUGAUUAUGCGUGUGCCAGAGGCGGUGUCUGACGCUCGAGUGGACGGUGAGAAUGAAUCGUCCUUAGCCUCACCCAAAGCACAACCUAUAAAAUAAUCCCCGGCCCUAUCUCAUACACACUGCAGUUAGGAGAUUUAUUUAAUAGCUCAUAUUUUAAUAUAUAGGAUGUUCAUAGUAAACCUUCCUAAAGUAGACUUUAUAUCUGAAUGUUUUUUGCAUUGCUGCCAAGACAAAUAGUUUUUAUACUUUGUGUGAUUGGAAUUAUUUUUUUAAUUGCACAGAUUCUGCAAUUGUCUGUAUGAAACUAAGAUAUGGGAGCAUCUUGUUUUUUCAAUGCAAAUAUUCUGUAAUUGUGUACCCGAUUUAUUGCAAUAAACAAGGUCUAUAACCAUC